GCACAGUUGGGCAGAGAACCCGACUCCUGUUCAUUGUAAAAAAGAAAAAGCUCAUGUAUCCUUUCAGAGCUCAAAAUCUGAUUGGUUUUGUACGUCAUCAGGGGCGUCCAACAAGCAAAUCCGGGGAAACAUUGUUCCGGUGGACCUAUCUGGUUCCUCUGGUAGGCUACGGAUCGUCGUUGUUUCUGCUACUCCUUCAAACGUAACGCAAAGAUGGCAAACGAAGCAAAGCCGUGCCCGUGUGAUAUUGGUGACCGGAUGGAUUACGGUGGACUCGGGCAAGAGGUUCAAAUAGAGCAUAUCAAGUCGUACGUGGUGAAGCCGUCUUCCGGCUCUGACAAGGCCGUGAUUGUCAUUCAUGACAUCUAUGGAUGGACAUUGCCUAACACCAGAUAUAUGGCCGAUAUGUUGGCGGAAAAUGGAUACAUUGCGGUUUGUCCGGAUUUCUAUGUCGGAAAGGAUCCUUGGAGCCCAACGAGUGACUGGUCAAAGUUCCAGGAGUGGUGUGAGGAUAAGAAGCCUACCGUUAUAAACAGAGAGGUGGAGGCGGUCCUGAGGUUCCUGAAGGAGCAGUGCGGGGUCCACCUCAUUGGAUCGGUGGGCUUCUGUUGGGGAGGCGUGGCCGUGCAUCACCUGGCCCUCAACUACCCCCACAUUACAGCGGGGGUCUCCGUCUACGGGAUCAUAAAGGAAAGGGAGGACUGCUAUGAACUAAAGAGCCCGGUUCUGUUCAUCUUUGCGGAGAAGGACGAGGUUGUACCACUUGAACAGGUCAGCGUUCUUCAGGCUGGACUGAAGGAGAAGUGCAGCGUGGACCAUCAGGUGAAGAUCUUUCCGGAGCAGUCUCACGGGUUUGUCCACCGAAGGAGGGAAGACAUUAACCCCUCGGACAGACCUCACAUCCUGGAGGCCCGGUCGGACAUGCUCCACUGGCUCAACAAGUUCAUGUAGAGCAGUAGCCCAUGAGCUCCCCCCCCCAGGGCCCCGGCUGUUGUAGGUCGCUUUGUAAAUCCUUCGUCAUGAAAUCCUUCUUCUUUACUCAAUUUAACCGAACUGUAUAAGGGGACAUUCUAAAGAAAACAGCCAAUGGGAAAGAAAUGCUUCUGGGACUGUUUGAUGCAGUAGUGAUGUCGACGAUACAUUCCCCACGUGGUCAUCAGUGUCAAAGGCACAAUACUGCAUGUCAAGUGAGCAAUGGAGAUGUCAUUUAUGAACAAAUUGAAUCAAUACGCGAAUGAGACUUUAAUCUUUUUUUAAUGACAAAUAUCCAGUAUUCAAGGCCUCUGUAAACCAACUGCUCACCAACAUCAUUAAGACUUGUUUUUAGCGCCUGAGGAACACAGAGAGCAGAGGAGAAAGCCGGGCCGUCAGAACACAACGUACGUCCAUUAAGGCAAACACCUUCCAGCCUCCAAAUACUGUUUUAAAAUAAAUCUGAAGCAAAUCUACCUGAAGUCAUAACGAUCGCAGUAGUAGAAGUAGUAGUAGUCUAGGCAUCUGUUUAUCGGAAAAGUGAGGUGUACAGUUGGAAUGAAUUAAUGCCAUUAUUUUCACUGUGGAUAUGAAUUGUAGGAGUUCCCAGCUAACACCUCGAGUAUCGCCCAGAUCCUCAGGAAAGUAUGAUUGCAGUGGUGUAAUCUGGGAGUCAAUAGCAUAGGGAAAUCACCUGGCAGCCAUCUUAUUCACCGUGGCAAUCCAAACGCCCGCUGGGUGGGGGACGUCCCUCCGCACUCUGACCCCCACCAAGCUGGUGUUCAGAGCCAAGAUGGCCAGCAGGAGAGUAAGGCCCGUUGAAAGCGCCCCCAUGCAGGUAUUGGAGCGUUCCUCGAUACAGUACAAGAGAGAAAGACCUGCUUCUCAUCCUCUGACGUUAUCUAUUGCAGCUUGACCCUUGUGUUGGUAUCUAUUCCUAUCAUUGUCUUUCCCAGUUAUUCCGAUUAUUGAACUGACUUAAGACUGAGACUAGACUAUUUCAGGUGUUGGGAGGUUUGGUUAGGUCAAUAAGCCAGAGAAAGGACGAAAUUAUCCAGAGCCAUCAAAUAAAACGGGCCUUAUAUGCAAUGGAAAGUGUUUCCCGGCAUUCUUUUCUGUGUUUCUUCUACAACCCAAAGUCAAGGCCGAACCCGGAGGUCGGGAUUUAAAUACUAAAGGCCAGUGCGGUGCGCUGCACAAGCUGCAAUACACAAGGUAGGAUGGAGACGUUUCAGAGCAGGACCCCGCCAGACACCACCUUCUCUGGGACACAACCGGGACAUUUCAGUUUGUGCGGUUCCUGGCAGAAUAUUGUACCCUUUUCCUGGAAACUGUACUAUCCGAGGCCGUCAGUGUUAUUAACGGCUCAUCGACCAGAAUCGGCUUGAUGCGAAUGAAAGAAAAUAAGAUGGAAUUCUGGGAAUCUUAGCAACAUGGAGUUCUCUUAACAAAAAGGUUCAUUCAAAUUAAAACAUUAACACAUCCCCUUGCAAUUAAAAUAUUGGUCAGGCACCAUGAAACAAAGUAA